GGACACAAGUACAACGGGUACUGGAAAGAUGGUAAGAUGCACGGGUACGGAACGCUCGACUCUCCCGAAGGACAGUAUGUUGGCGAGUUCGCCGAGCAUCAGAAAUGCGGAAGUGGACGGUUGAUGCUGAAGAAUGGUAUGAUGUACAUAGGCACGUUCGAUCAAGACUUGUUCCACGGCAAAGGAGCACUGAACUACAGUGACAACUCGGCCUACUCGGGAGAAUUUCUGCAUGGAAGACGGCAUGGGCAGGUUGACAAGGGGCAGAGUUGGGUCAGUCAGGUCGUGAUGCCUCUGAGAGAACCGCAGGGAACGAUUGUGUUUGAGAACGGAGAUGUGUACGAGGGCGAAUGGGUGGAAGGACGUCGAGAAGGGCUCGGCCUGUAUGUCCGAGCUGAGCAGGAAGAAGUUUACGAAGGAGCCUUCAUGGCUGAUCGGAGGCACGGAAAGGGCGAGCUU